UUUCGGCAAGAAUACUCUUUUCCUUUCUCCAAGUGAAUACUCUUUUCCUCUCUCCAAUGGCAGAAGGAGUCCUCUUCAACAUUGUACAAGGGAUCAUUGAAAGGUUAGGCUCCCGUGCUUUUGAAGAGAUUGGAUUGGUUUGGGGUGUCAACGAUGAGCUCCAAAAGCUUCAGCUUCUAGUUUCCCGACUCCGAGCUGUUCUUCUUGAUGCUGAGCAAAAGCAAGCCAACAAUGAAGCAGUCAAAGAGUGGCUCCAAAGCGUAGAAGAUGAAGUUUAUGAAGCUGAUGACGUGCUCGAUGAGUUUUAUACUGAAGCUCAGUGGAGACAAAUGGUGCCUGGAAAUAAUAAAGUGUCAAAGCAGUGAUUAAAAGAAGAAACUGAUUAGGCAUCCUGGCUUUGAUCAUACAAGUGACUCAGUUGUACUUGUAACUCUCAAAUUUCCUUAUGGCUUUUGACAUUGUGAAAGCAGUUUGUAUUUUGUCAUGAUGGCUGAUAUUUAUGAAUUAAAUUUCAGAUUCAUCUGCAAAGAAUGAGGUUAAUUCCCUUCAGUA